GGGGGCUGGCUGUAAAUCGACGUGGCAUGGAAAAUCUCUGCUAGUUUGUUGCAGCUCUAACUUAGCUGUGAAAUCGAGCCCACUCUCAUGAAGUUUGCAGUUUGAAAUUAUCACGGGCUUACUCUUUCUACAUAAAAAUGAAUGAAAAGCACCAUCGCGUGUUGACUUGGGAACUGGACUUUUUCUGUGUUUGGAUUUACGGCUAAUAGAAAACAAAGUCAAAGGGAAUUAUUUGGUUACUUUUUUCCCUCUAGUGAGAGCAACAGAUCUCGCUGCUCCCCCCACCUUUUCCUGCGAUUUAAUUGUUUGCAGAUCUUGCCAUGGGGUGCGGACUGAGAAAGCUGGAAGACCCCGAUGAUAGCAGCCCUGGAAAAAUCUUCUCCACGUUGAAGAGACCACAAGUUGAAACAAAGACUGAUUCUGCUUAUGAAUAUGUAUUGCUGGAUUUUACUUUAGAAGCUUCCUCUAAUCCAGAAGUUAUCAAGAUCAGUUCUGUGUUGGAUAUAGCAUCUAAGGUGGAAGAAUAUUAUAGCAAAGGAUUUGUUGUAGGAGCUGUUCAUCCUAUUAUACUGCCAAUUGGACGUAGAAGGAAUUUUCCUGCAAGCCACAUGUAUCGAGUUGUACUUUCACGAUUAAAAUUAAGCCAGAAGCAUGCAGCACCCAGAGGACGAAGGCACCCCCGGCUGGUGAUUGAGGAAUGUCCUUUAAUGUCUGAAACACUGACAAAUGAGGUAGUGAAAGAACUGUUAGAAAAGGUUAAUGAAGCUGCUAAAAGAGGAAAGAAGUUUGUGGGAUUUGUAACACAACAUUUUCCUCAACCUAAAGGCUGCAAUGGGACGACCACAGAUGGAAGUGCUGAGCUGGAAUCAAUGCUGAGCAGAAGUAGGGAACACGGAAGAAAAAAUUCUGAUGAAAACUAUAAAAACUGGAAUGAAGGGACAUUUAGUGGUCACUCAUCUGAAAGUGGGAUAGAAGAGGAAAUGCAAGGAGAAAGCAGUCUGUUACAGGAUGCAGAUUUCCAGUUUGGAAAAGAAGUCAGCCCUGUUAAACCAAGAAAAGGAGAUGACAAGCUGUAUACAGUCUUCAAUGUUUUUGAUGAUGAUUCUGCCUGCUGGACCUAUCAUGAAGGUGUUUUGUCUAUGAAGGUAACAAGAAAGGGGCCCAUUAUUAGUACACUGGAAGCAGACUGGCUAGAACUAACCACAUUUUAUUACAAACAAGGAUUGUCCUUAAUUGAUUCUUUUGUACACUGGGAGACUUCUAAAGGGGACUAUUUGCCCAAAUCUUUAGAAGGAUUAUUUAUCUAUGAAGAAGAAGGUGCUGGGGUUCCAGGCUCUAACAGGAAAGGAAAUGAUGCAAUAGUUGUUGAACAAUGGACAGUCAUUGAGGGGUGUGAAAUUAAAACAGAUUAUGGGCCUUUAUUGCACACGCUGGCUGAGUUUGGAUGGCUCCUGACCUGUGUCCUGCCUACACCCGUCGUACGACAUGACAGUGAAGGAAAUCUGGCCACAAAGCAAGUUGUUUUUCUUCAGAGACCUAUUGUGUGGAAUUCUGCUGUCCAGACACCAGAGAAAUCCCUAAGACAAGAUAUUGGGGAGGAAAAAGGCAGAGUCUCCAGCAGAAGUGUUGGAUUAGACACGGCUACUUCUCGCCCUGCAGAAAUUGGACAAGCACCAGAUGAGUUUCACCUAUCUGCUUCUAAACAAUGUUGGAUCAAGGAGGCAUCCUCCCAAUAUGGAGGCUUUCCAGGAUUCAGCAGCAGUGAUGGAGUAUUAAGGGAACUGGAUGAUGGACAAUUUGACCAGGAAGAUGGAGUAACUCAGGUCACAUGUAUGUAAUAAAGUAAGUGCAUCAGAUGGACAUGUACAGAAUUGACACAAACAUUUGAUUUGCGUUUUUUUAAAUCAUACUACUUUAAGUGCAUUGGUAUAAUCCUAUGAGUUUUCCUAGACUUGUUUUGUAUUUUUGUUAGUUUAUUUGUUGUGUUAAUCCUACUGUAGUAAUAAUACUACUGCAAAAUAACUUGUUUUCCUGCCUCUAAGAGAAUAACUACAUGACUGGGUGCUCUCUUAACUUGUUAAUGCUUUUGACAAGCAAGGAAGCAAAUGCUGCAAAACAGUGAUAGUUUGAAUUGUGUAAGAGAGAAAGGAAUGAGGAUGUUUAUUUUCCACAAGCUGGAGGAAUGUUGUUUGUUGUUUGUUUUUUUUUAAAGGGUGUUGUAUAUAUUGGUGGGGUGAAAAAAGAAGAAUGAACUUAUGUGGCUGUUAAGUUUUAACCUUACUAGGCUUUUGAGUUUACUCAAGGCAAGAGAAAUGUGUCUUACAUUAGAGUGUUAAGAAUUUAAGCUACAUUCAGACUUGGUAUGUACAGAAAACCUCUAGAGGCUGUAGGCAGACACUUGUUCCUGUAAUCUAAUUUAAUCUAUGCAGGUUUUAGCAGGGUUCCUUGUACUUCUAAGCCAAAAGCUAUCCAAGCAUAUAGCCUGUAUAAUGAUAUUCAUACUUACAAGGGGAAAUUAAGAACCACUCACCACCCUGAAGAUAACUUGCACUCUUGACUAGUUGGAGAAACUCACUAAGAACCAUUGACAGCAGAGGUGCACAAUGAUGCUGUAAUAUAUGGGAGGAAGUAGACCGCACUUAAUAGGAAAUAUUAGACUAUACACAAAUAUGCUAACGUAUAUAUAAAAAUGUCUUGGCUAAAUGUGUCUCACUGGGUAAAGUUUAUUCAACUGCAUCAAAUACCAGAAAGAAUGUUCAGAGAAAAGGAUGAAGCUGCUGUGCUUCCACCCUCACCCUUGGGAGUAGCUGCUUGUAUUCAGGGAGGUUAACACUGGUACGGCUCUGUGGGGAGAGGCAUGAACAGGGCUUGGUUUUUUGCUGCUGUAAAAUUACAUUUUACAGAGAAAAAGCUGGAAAAAAAAAUGCAUCUCAGAAGAUAAAUGUGACUAUACAUAAAAUCUGCUUUUUUCAGUUCAUUUUAGAAGCCAAAAUUAUACCUGCUCGUCACACAAGCUAAUGGAAAACCUAGGAAUUCUGAAUAUUUCAAGUCAAAGCAUUUUUAAGUACAUCAAAGAAGCUGUUGACCUUUUAUAAAGCAGUAUCCCUGAUUAAGAUGGCUGACAGUAGUGAAUCCUAAACUGCACUACAAAUAUUUAUACAACAAGAUACAAUGUAUAAAGUACUAAAUUAAAUGCAGUUAACCUUUCUAGUAGAUAAAAGGAGUAAUUUUACUGAGAUCUUUCAGUAUCAGCUGUUGAAAAUGCAGAAAAUUCAGUAUGUUAGCAUGUUUCUAACAUAACUUUUCCCUUUAUGAUUAAUGGGAUGUGCACAAGGGAGAUUGAUUUGGAACAAGGGUAGAUACUGAGUAUGCUCUGGAUGGAUUCCACAAUACUAUAGAAUCAUUAAGGUUGGAAGGGACCUUAAAGAUCAAGUUCCUGGCUUGAGCUGGGUAGAUGAUGUCACUCUGCCACCAUCUCUGUAGCCUUGUUGUAGAAGGCCACCAGACUGGUCAGGCAUGACUUGCCCUUAAUGAAGCCAUGUUGGCUGCCAUCAGUCAUCUCUUUAUUUUCCAUGUGCCUUAGCAGACCUUCCAGGAGGAUCUACUCUAUGACCCUGCCAGGCACAGAGGUGAGACUGACUGGCCUGUCUGUAGUUUUCUGGGUCUUCCUUUUUCCCCUGUUUAAAAACAGGGGCUUUGUUCCCUUUUUUGCAAUCAGCAGGAACCUCACCAGACUGCCAUGAAAUAUCAAAUAUGAUGGACAGAGGCUUAGCAACUGCAUCCACCAGCUCCCUCUGGACCUGUGAGUGAAUCCUAUCAGGCCCCAUAGAUUUAUGCACCUUCAGGUUGUUUAGAUGGUCAUAUCCACACUUGCUUAGCAAAAAGGGCUGCUCUUAAAAUUAAGCCAUAUUCUGGUUCAGUAGCCCACAGUUAUAAUGUGCUUUAGUCCUUGCUUUUGAGUGUCACAGUGGUUGACUGUGCUGCAAACCUCUAAAUGUCUUUCUAGUCUUUUUAAUUAAUGUAAAUAUGUGAAAUUGUUUCCUCUGAUCCCACUCAGCAGUUCCUCUAUAGUUAAGGACAGCUGUUUAAUGCCAUUUGUCUCACAGUAUGAGAAGUUGCCCAUGCUGUAGGAACAUGAAUUGAGAUGUGUUUUUUUUUCUGGCACUCUGGUGUCUUUCACCCCAGGUGUCUUAAGUUACAUUUAGGCUCUGCAUUGGAAAAAAUAAAAUGCAGUUCUUGACGGGGCAGGAAAAGCAAACCUGAACAGGGGCCAAGACAGGUAUCUAAAGUGAGUGGCAUGGAGAGGGUACCGAAGGAGUAAAUUCUUGAGCUUUCUUUUUUGAUACAGGAACUCAAGGGAAUCCUGGAAGUGGUAAAUAGCAAGUCUGAAACAAAGAUACCAGUUCAGCUAAGUGUAGAACUCCUGGGUGCUGGAUGGUGUGUGUAAAGCUAACAGGGAUUUAAGAGGUCAUUGAAAAAUUCCUGAAAGGGAAAAAAAAAAAUGUAAAAAUUGCUCAAUUCUCUCUAAAAGCCACUAACCUAGAAGAAACUGCUGGAGAUACGAAAGCUGGUCUGAGUGACUGCAUGCUUAUCCUACUCUACAGAUUACUGGAAGCACCUGUGCUUUGUGCCUGGUGGGCAUGUAGCUGAGUAUUCCUGCUGCAGGGCUUUCUUUCAGAAAUCAGAGUAAAUUGUUUCCUCAGCCUGUGUGAAGACUGCAAAAGUUACCUGACUUCACACAUUAGUUGAAGAAGACAGAAUAAACCACCCAUCUCCCUAGGGCAUGGAUGCUGAAACAGAAAUAAUUAAAAAUGCUUCUAAAGCAAAUAACAGAAAAUCUGUUUAUUUCUUUGUAGUUAAAAAUUCUGAAAGCCAACUAUAUCUUAACUGGAAAAGUAAAAAGGGAAGGGUGCAUUUUGGGCUUAGGUGAUUCUAGUUUAAGCUGCUUUUUUCAUCACCUGGUCUUACACAAACUAGAAAAUUACAGUAUGCCUUUAUUAGUGUUGUGACCAGCAACAUCCAAUAACUAAGUUGGUAAAUCAGAAGAGCUGUCAGAGUAACCCUGUUGUUUUUUUAAUGCUCCUUUAUAUAUAUGUAUUAUUUAUAUAUAUAAUGCACAUACACACUGUUCAGUUUUCAUUUUACUGCAAUGUAUGUCAUAGUCAUGUUUUUAUUGAAAGAAUUGCAAAUCAAACUUAAAAGCAUGGAUGCAUUUUCUGGCACAAAAUUAGGUAAAUUAUUCAAUAACAAGGCUUCUAUUAGGAGCCUGUGGGUCUGAAUUGUAAUUUACUUACCUGUAAAUGACAGCAGAAAUGCCCUGCAACUAUUAAGAAGAGAUAGAAGGCAACAAAUGCUGUUUGUGAACGUCUGCAAAAGACUGUUUAUACUUUCUGAUUCUUAAAUUGUUUGGAGAGGAAAUACUUUCCUAGUGUUCAUAAGCAGGGAGGAACAAUCCACUGUAAAACAAACUUUGUGCCCUGCUCGUAACUGCCACAACAGUUUAUGUACAUACCUGGUCAACUGCAAUACACUGCUGCUUAACUUCUGUUUCUGCUCUGUAAAACACUAUUUUUGUUAAGCUAAGAUCUUUUCUAUAUUUGAUAAGAAGAUUCUCACCAUUAAAAGCACUUAACAAAUCA